AUGGCGAGCAAUAACACGGCCAGCAUCGCGCAAGCCAGGAAGCUGGUGGAGCAGCUCAAGAUGGAGGCCAACAUCGACAGGAUAAAGGUGUCAAAAGCAGCAGCGGACCUGAUGUCUUACUGUGAAGCGCACGCCAAAGAGGACCCGCUGUUGUCGCCGGUUCCCGCUUCGGAGAACCCCUUCCGAGAGAAGAAGUUCUUUUGCGCAAUCUUGUAA